UCCGCCUGCCUCAGUCUCCCGAAGUGCUGGGAUUACAGGCGUGAGCCACCUCACCCCGCGGAUUUUCUUCCAAAAUGAAAGUUGUUGCCUCUAGAUGUUUAGAGAAAUAUCCCCAAGCUAUCUACACACUCUGCUCUUCCUGUGCCUUAAAUAUGUGGUUGGCAAAAUCAGUACCUGUUAUGGGAGUAUCUGUUGCAUUAGGAACAAUUGAGGAAGUUUGUUCUUUUUUCCAUCGAUCACCACAACUGCUUUUAGAACUUCACAGUGUAAUUUCUUUUUCAGAACAGUAAAGAAAGGGGUAAAGAACUGAAGGAAAUCUGCCAUUCUCAGUGAGAAAUAUUAGAUGAAAUAACUGUAUAGCUGGCCGAGCAUUUGUACUCUGCAGUGCAGUAACAGAUUUUGAUUUCAUUGUUACUAUUGUUGUUCUUAAAAAUGUCCUUUUAUAAGAGCCUUUGGGAAAAAUCUCCAGGGGCAAACCUCUGAUGUCUUCUUUACAGGCGGUAGCUUGACUGCAGUACUGCAUUCACUCAACGAAGUGAUGGAAAAUAUUGAAGUUUAUAAUGAAUUUUGGUUUGAGGAAGCCACAAAUUUGGCAACCAAACUUGAUAUUCAAAUGAAACUCCCUGGGAAAUUCCGCAGAGCUCACCAGGAAUCUCAGCUAACCUCUGAGAGUUACUGUAAUGAAACUCUAAGUGUCCCAACAGUGGAGCACAUUAUUCAGGAACUUAAAGAUAUAUUCUCAGAACAGCACCUCAGAGCUCUUAAAUGCUUAUCUCUGGUACCCUCAGUCAUGGGACAACUGAAAUUCAAUACAUUGGAGGAACACUAUGCUGAUGUGUACAGAAGCGACUUACCCAAUUCCGACACACUGUCAGCUGAGCUUCAUUGUUGGAGAAUCAAAUGGAAACACAGGGGGAAAGAUACAGAGCUUCCAUCCACCAUCCAUGAAGCCCUCCACCUUCCUGACAUGAAGUUUUUUCCUAAUGUGUAUGCGUUGCUGAAGGUCCUGUGUAUUCUUCCUGUGAUGAAGGUUGAGAAUGAGCAGUAUGAAAAUGGAUGAAAGCUUCUUAAAGCAUAUUUGAGGAUCAUUUUGACAGACCAAAGGUUGAGUAACUUGGCUUUGCUUAACAUAAAUUUUGAUAUAAAACACGACCUGGAUUUAAUGGUGGACACAUAUAUUAAACUCUACACAAGUAAGUCAGGGUUUCCCACAGAUAAUUCUGAAACAUGGAAAA